AUGGACACGUACUCUUCUUGCAAGGGAUCCGCCCUCAAGGAACCGUUCAAUAGCGAAGCUGCUGCUAAGGGAAAAAAAAAGACUUCUACGAGAAUUACGUCAGUUCCUGGCCGAAGUUCUCUCAACACCACCAGGCCAACCCCGCUGGUUAUAAUUCUUCUUUGUUACAGUCGUGCUUUUGUUAUUUUACAUGGCAAUGGCUUAAAAGUGAGAGAAAAAGCGUUGCAACUUAAUGGAAGUGACAUUGGAGAUUGGAAUGCCCUUGUUAAGUUAGCACCCGAGGAAGAAGAGGAGGAAUACAAGGCGGCAGUAGCUUAUAAAAAGUCUCUGUGUGCUGACCUAGCCAAUGACAAAAGAUUUUUGUUUGGCAUUGCCGUUUUGGGGUAUGACACUUCCCUUCCUCAAGAUGAAGUCGAGAGCAUUUUGAGGGAACAUUUCUCUUCUUGUGGAGAGAUAACACAUGUUUACGUUGAUACUCUAGACAAGUGUACUAAUAUCUAUUUUUCCAAAGAAGAAGGUGAAGCUAGUGCCCUGGAUCUUAAUGGAAGUAAAGUGGGCGGAUUCAAAAUAACUACUAUGCGCGUAGCCACAGUCAGAAGUAACCGUCGCUCUGGCCCCGGUACUGUUGGCUCUUGUAUCCCAGCUCAUUUUCUUGAGUUUUCCCGCGAGAACACUAAGAAGCUCGAAGAUUACAUGACUGAGUGGAGGGCCAAGGCGAGGAGGGAGAAGGACAGCGCUCUUAGAAAGCAUAAUACCUUCAAGGCUAGUAAGAGGGCCAGGGGCUAGGGCUCUUAGGGCUCGUAAUAAGAAGAUCACCACGGCCAUGAUCAGGAGGGAAGAGGGCAGUCGUAAUUAAUUUCUCUCAGCUCUUUGGUGUUUAUCAAUCCUGUGAUAAUACUAUGCAACCUUCUUUAUCAGCAAUCCUGUGUUCGUUUUGUGUGUGUUGUGGAUGAUAAACUUAAAAAAAAAAACUUAUUUUAUUUUAAGUUUUAUUAGCCGAUUUGCUUUGGUAGACAGAAAGCAUAAUCUCCUCAUUUGCCUACAAUACUAUCCUUCGCAAAUAGACACCACAUUAAUUGCGUGUUUGUUUGUGUAAUUCGUUAAUUUAGAAAAAAACGCCCCAAGAACAGAUA